CAAGUGUGAAGAGAACAAAGAAAUGACAAGCAAAACAGUAAACUGUGCUGGUAGCAUUCCAAGAGGCAUACUUUCCCUGCUUGUCUGGCUUACGCUUGCUGGAAAAUUUCAAAGCAGAUUUGAUCUCUGAAACACCAGGAAGGUGGUGUUAGCCAUUUGCAGCUUUCGCUUUACUCCAACUUUCCCCAGCAAUGCUUUGCAGCUCUUUCAGAGGUAGUGCUGCUAUGGAGCCUGACUGGGAGGAGGUUGUACCCUCUCGCUUCUUCUGGACUCUUCAUUGUUCCUGAAAUGUGGGAGAUGAAGUCGCACCCUCCUCCACCACGGACUGCAGAGUCACUUUUCAUCCUCAGAAACUGAAGGACUGCAUCUCCUGAAGAGCCUUGAGUGGUUUAAGAUCUGGCUUUUUCACACUCCAGCUGUGCUGAAUCCAAGAGGAGUUUGGUGCAGUUUGGACAAUGAAAGCCAAGGCCAAGCAAUGGAAGCACCUAGUGCUGAUUGGGAUACUGGCAUGGGCACUCGUCGUCUUGCUGCUGUUUACAUAUUUCACAGACUUCAAAACAGAUGAGCGUCCAGCCAGCUCUUUCACAAACACUGAGACAAGAAGGCUCUUCCCCGUACAGGGUAAACUGAGAGCCAUUAUGGGGGCCUUCCCAAAUCCAAAGGUCUCAGCAAAUCACAGAAAAAAUAGUCUUUUCUUUGAGGAUGAUGAAGAUUCUGUGCGUUCAUUGCGUUUAGAUUAUUUCAAUGAUCCCAGUCUAAAAUGGACCCAAGAGGAGGACAGUGACGAACUUCAAGACGGGAAAAGUGUGAAGCAAAGGCAGACCAGUGGACAGCUGCAAACUCAAAACCGGGUGAUGGAUAAGAUUGUUAAAGUUAUCACAAAAGAUGGCAAUGCUUAUGAAGAAGUAAUUAUUCAAGAUGCAAAGUCUAGGCUUCAGGAAACAGUUAUUCAGAAUAAAGAACGAUCAAGUUACCCUCUCGACCCAUUACUUGAAAAUCUAGAUUCCUUUGACCUUGAGGACUUGGAGUUUUCAAAAUCCAGUUCAAUUCUUGUCAGACUGUGGAGAGGAAAUAUUUCAUCUGAGAUGCUGAAUCCUCGGUUACAAAAAGCUAUGAGGGAGUAUAUGAACGAAAACAGACAUGGUGUCCACUAUCAAAAGAAAAGGGAGGCUGAAAAGAUGAUUGGAGAAGAUCUCCUUUGUGAACUGAAAAACAAAGUCAAACUAAGAACCCUUGAUGGGAAGGAGGCUCCGUUUUCUACAUCUGGUUGGAGAAAGCACAUUCCUAAAAUUCCUCUGAGCAAGAUCAGGAUUAACCCACAGGCCUUCAGGAAUUGUGCUGUUGUUGCAUCUGCGGGUGCAAUAUUGAAUUCCUCCCUUGGAGAAGAAAUAGAUUCCCACGAUGCGGUUCUAAGAUUUAAUGCGGCCCCUACACAAGGUUAUGAGAAGGAUGUUGGAAGCAAAACCACUAUCCGUGUUAUUAACUCACAGAUACUUGUUAACCCAGAACACAAGUUUAAUAAUAGCACUCUAUUCAAGAAUGUGGUUUUGGUGGCCUGGGAUCCUGCACCUUACUCAGUAAACUUGCUUAAGUGGUACAAGAAACCAGAUUACAACCUAUUUACACCCUAUUUGCGAUAUAGAAGAAAGAACCCUGACCAGCCCUUCUACAUUCUUCAUCCAAAAUUUGUCUGGCAGCUUUGGGAUAUAAUCCAGGAAAAUACUCAGGAAAAGAUACAGCCAAACCCCCCCUCAUCUGGCUUCAUUGGAAUUCUCAUUAUGAUGUCUUUGUGUGAUAAUGUCAACAUCUAUGAAUAUAUCCCUUCUGUCAGACAGACUGAUCUCUGUCACUACCAUGAGCGAUAUUAUGAUGCAGCAUGUACCUUGGGUGCCUACCACCCAUUGCUGUACGAGAAACUUUUAGUACAACGGAUGAACAAGGGGAUGGAAGCAGAUUUAUAUACAAAAGGCAAGGUCAUUCUGCCUGGUUUUAGUACCAUGAAGUGUUCUAGUAAACAAUGAAUCUUGUGCUACAGGAAGAUUACUGGUUUUAUAACAUGAUAUAUACACUGAAGCUUAAAUAAGAUACUUGAAAUGAGUAGUUAGGACCAAUUGUUUGGGCAGA